AUGUCACCUUCUAAGGCAUCGUUCGACUUUAUGACGCCUUAUCAGUCCACAUCUGAUGAUAGAUCAACUAAUUUUAACAUCUUUAAAGAAUUUGGGAAACUCAUCAACAAGGAAACGGUACCAGCAGAACCAGGUUUGAGUGUACAACAGCUUUUGUUCGCUCAGAUUUUGGCAAAUCAUUGUAUGAACAAUGAUGAGGCUGAAGAAAGCGUGGAGAAGGGGUUUCUGGAGUCGUAAGUUUUGGAUAGUUUGUUAUAGGGGAGAGAGGCAGGGUAAUUUUUUAAGCAAUCCCAGGCGAGGUGACUUUUAUAGAGAGUCCCAAGUAGUUAAUUUUUAUGGUCCAGCUUGGGCGGGGUAAUUAUUAUGCAGUCCACGGCGGGUGAUUUUUAUAGACAGUCCAGGGCGGAGUAAAUUUAUUUUUGUAAGCAGUCCCGGGCGGGGUGAUUCUUAAAGUCAGUUCAAGGCGGGACGGGGUGGUUUUCAAAGGCAGUCCGAGACGGGUUGAUUAUUAUAGUCAGUUCAGGGCGGGGUGGGGGGAUAUCUUUAUAGGCAGUUUUAAGCGGAGUGGGGUAACUUUUAUAGGCAGUUCAGAACUGGUAGAAGUAAUUUUUGUAGGUAGUCUCGAGGGAAGAGGUAGGGGGUUAUUUGUAUAGACAGUUUCGGGCGGGGUGAUUAUUAAAAGCAGUCUAAGGCUGGGUUUUUCCCUUAGGCUGUCCCGGGCGGCGUGAUUCUUAUAGGCAAUCUUGGGCGGGGUGAUUUAUGUAAGUACUCGCGGGUGCUUUUUAUAGGCAGUCCCAAACGGGUAACUAUGUUAACCAUCUUACAGCCCAUUUUUCAAAAUUUUUUCAUUCCAGAAAGCCCCAACUAUCAAUGGUGACUUCAACUGAACUCAAUCCCUUCUCCAAUCCAGCCACAUUCUCCUUGGCCAAACCCUCGUUUUCAAUUGCAUCCCUUCUUGGCAGUGCGAACAAACUACCUGACUUUUAUUUGCCAUAA